AUGGAUGACAUAAACGCUUGUCACAUUUGUUUCAAGACGUACGACCUGAAUGUGGACCUUUUGGAUGUUCAUGCAGACAAAAGCACAUUUCAUCGUUUUGAUAAGUUCAAUCUGAAGUACAACCACUGUGGUCAAAGUAGGCUCAGGGAGAUUUUCCUUAAGCAGGAUAAUCUUAUCCAAGGCCGUUUCCUUGCUAAGCUGACAAAGCAAGUGUUUUCUGAUCUUUCUGCCAGUAAAUAUCAGAUGGCUGAGCACAGAAUAUCAAAAUAUGGCAGGAAGCAAAGUGAGUGGGACCAAAUGGCUAGUUGGAUAGUGAACAAUGAAUUGUACAGUGAGAAUGUUGUAUGGUUGAUAUAGCUGCCACGGCUGUACAAUAUAUACUAGGAAAUGGGGAUAGUCACAUCAUUUCAGAACAUUCUUGACAAUAUCU